UAAGCAGAGUCUCGAUUGUCCUCCUCAUCACGGGAUCGGCGAACAGAUCGAAGUGAACCUCCGAAGAAGAAGCAGAGCAAAAGUCAGCGGCGACGAUGGCGAGCAUGGGGAGAACGGUGAUGGAGGUGGGAGCUGACGGCGUUGCCCUGAUCACAAUCAUCAACCCACCCGUCAAUUCCCUCUCACUUGACGUAUUGCUGAGUUUGAAAGGAAGUUAUGAACAAGCUUUGAGCAGAGAUGAUGUGAAGGCAAUAGUUAUUACAGGUGCAAAGGGUAAAUUUUCAGGAGGCUUUGACAUUUCUGCCUUUGGUGGUGUUCAAAGUGGGAAAACUGAGCAAAUGAAGGUUGGCUAUGUUUCAAUAGAUGUCAUCACUGACACUUUUGAAGGCGCAAGAAAACCAUCAGUUGCUGCCAUAGAUGGGUUAGCUCUUGGUGGCGGACUGGAAAUUGCAAUGGCAUGCCAUGCACGCAUAUCAACUUCAACAGCCCAACUAGGUCUGCCAGAACUUCAGCUUGGAAUCAUCCCAGGAUUUGGAGGAACACAGCGCCUUCCGCGCCUUGUGGGACUUACCAAAGCACUUGAAAUUAUUUUGUUAUCCAAGUCCGUGAAAGGAGAGGAAGCAUACAAGAUAGGUCUGGUUGAUGCUCUCUCAUCAUCUGAUGAAUUGUUGAAGACAGCUCGCUACUGGGCUUUGGAAAUUGCUGAGUGUAGAAAACCAUGGAUCAAGAGUCUUUAUAAAACUGAUAAAUUAGAAUCCCUUGGAGAUGCUAGGGAAAUUCUAAAGUUUGCAAGAGCUCAGGCUCAAAAGCAGGCUGCCAAUCUCCUACACCCUUUGGUUUGUAUUGAUGUGAUUGAAGAGGGCAUAGUUUCUGGUCCUCGUGCUGGAUUGUGGAAGGAAGUCCACUCCUUUCAAACACUUGUUCGAUCUGACACGUGCAAGAGUUUAGUUCAUGUGUUCUUCGCACUACGUGCAACAUCAAAGAUUCCUGGGAUCACGGACUUGGGUUUGACGCCAAGAAAGAUUAAUAAAGUUGCCAUUCUUGGAGGAGGAUUGAUGGGCUCUGGAAUCGCAACUGCUUUGUUGCUUAGCAACUACCCUGUGAUAAUUAAAGAAGUAAAUGAAACCUUCUUAAAGGCUGGAAUAGACAGAGUUAAAGCCAAUUUGCAGAGUCGUGUCAGGAAAGGGAAGAUUACAGAGGAGAAGUAUGAGAAAACCCUCUCAUUACUCACGGGUGUACUGGAUUAUGGAAGUUUCAAAGAUGUGGAUUUGGUCAUUGAAGCAGUUAUCGAGAAAGUAUCCUUGAAACAGCAAAUAUUUUCUGAUCUUGAGAAAUAUUGCUCUAGCAGUUGUAUACUUGCUUCUAAUACAUCAACAAUUGAUCUCAAUUUGAUUGGAGAGAAGAUCAGGUCCCAAGCUCGAAUUGUGGGUGCACAUUUCUUUAGUCCUGCUCAUAUAAUGCCACUUCUGGAAAUAGUCCGGACGAAGAAAACGUCUCCACAAGUUGUUCUAGAUUUGCUUGAUAUUGGGAAAAAGAUUCGAAAAACCCCCAUUGUAGUUGGCAACUGUACUGGAUUUGCAGUUAAUAGGAUGUUCUUUCCCUACACUCAGUCAGCACUCUUACUUGUUGACUACGGUCUUGAUGUGUAUAAGAUUGAUCAAGCAUGCACCAAAUUUGGAAUGCCAAUGGGCCCUUUCAGAGUAGCUGAUCUGGUUGGCUUUGGAGUUGCAGUUGCUACUGGCAUGCAGUAUCUUGAGAGCUUUCCUGACCGAGUCUACAAGUCCAUGCUAAUGUCAAUUAUGAUCGAAGAUAAAAGGACAGGUGAAGCUACAGGCAAGGGAUUUUAUAAAUAUGAUAACAAAAGAAAGGCCAGUUCUGAUCCGGAAAUAUUGAAGUAUAUUGAGAAAUCAAGGAACAUUGCUGGAGUUACCCCUAAGCCUGAGUUGAUCAAGUUAUCAGACAAGGAUAUAGUGGAAAUGGUUUUCCUCCCAGUGGUCAAUGAAGCCUGCCGGGUCCUUGACGAGGGAAUUGCUGUCAAGGCAUCUGACCUUGACAUUGCUUCUAUCAUGGGCAUGGGUUUCCCUCCUUACAGGGGUGGUGUAAUGUUUUGGGCCGACUCUCUUGGAGCAAAAUACAUCUUUGAAAGACUGGAUUCAUGGUCGAAGAUAUAUGGUGAUUUCUUCAAUCCUUGCUCUUACCUUGCAGAAAGGGCGGCCAAAGGCAUUUCCUUGGGUGCCCCUUCCAUUCAAGACAAUGCUCGGCUGUAGUAGACAGGUUAUCAGUACAUCCUAUCUAGAAAUAUCGGAAUUCAUCAGCAACAUAUGCCUCUUCCCAUGGCCAGGUGCAUCACUUUGUUGGGAUGAUAAACAAUUAUCUUGGAUUUCGUGAUCAUCAGUUUGCUACUUAGUGUAUGUUAUUCUAUCUGAACAUCUGUCCCUUGUAGGAUGAUUACAUGUUUGUGGUAGUUCAAUUUGCUCUUAAACAGAGUCCUGUUAUUGAAUAAAACUUAAAAAGUGUUAUAGAUGUAAUGAGGUCAAAUUUCGUUGUAAAACACGGAAGUUACUGUUUACUUUUUGUGGCUCGUGUAAUGUCUCCAUGAUUUAACUACUCGUAAAUGCAAAUAGAUGUAAUAUUUUCCAGCU